UACAUGUACAGAAGUAUUAUCAAAAGAAUACCUACAGUUCUUCAUCCGCAACCCAAUUCCUUAACAUAUCAUGCUUCAUUAGCUGGAGUUGUUGGAGCUGGGUGUACAAACAACAGUCAAUGCGUAGAUAUAUCCAACACCACCUGUACAGAAAGUACUUGCCAGUGUAUUCCUGGUUACUUCGCCGACCACGGAGAAGUGGGUUGUUCCAAAAUUCAGCUAGGUUCCACGUGCAAAAUAGGUGUCCACGAGUUUUGUUCUGGCGCAGUGGAACACAGCUAUUGCGAUAGCAGCAGCACCUCCUGCCGCUGCCAGACAGGGUACUUUAAUGCGUCUAUGGACACCUGCAAGAAAGUUACUUUGGGAAGUCCGUGCUCUUCUAAUGCGACAUGUGAGGACAAUGUUAACAAUAGUACCUGUCUGGAUGAUAUUUGCGUCUGUCUACCAGGUUUCUACAACAAAAGUGAGCACGAAUGCAUGAAAAUUGGACAUGGAAUGCCGUGUAGUUCUGAAAAGUUUUGUAACAGUUCUCUUCCGCUAUCUACCUGUGUGCAAGGGCGCUGCGUAUGCCAAGAGGAGGCGUUUUUAAAUACGAGCUCCCAUAUAUGCGAGCCCAGGAAAAGGCUUCAUAAGACAUGUAGUGGGAAUGUUCCCAACGAGUGCAGGACGGGAAAUUCUACUUGUUCCGGAGGGAGGUGCUCCUGUUUACCGAGAUUUUAUCCCUAUCAGCGAAACUCUUCAUUAUCGUGGAAGUGUUUGCCAAAAGUUAAUGUAAACGAGAGCUGUGACGAAAGUAGAGCUCCAGAUGUUUGCCUGGACCCCCAGUCGACUUGCCUUCAAGGACGAUGUCAAUGUAUAUGGAACUUUGUGCAGAGAGGGACGGUUUGUGUAUCUAAAGCUGAUAUCGGUGAGAACUGUAACCAAACAGCAGAAUGCCAGGAUCCAGAUUCUGUGUGCCGGGAUUCGGUUUGUGACUGCAAGAAUGGGACAUACGUGGCAAUACUUCCAACAUACAGAUUGUGCAAGACUUUAGAGUCCCUUGGAAGUCGCUGCUUAUCUAACAGCAGUAGAGUCUGCAAAGAUCUGAAUGCAGAAUGCCAGGCUGGAACUUGUCAAUGCAAGAAGGAAUAUUAUCAGAACAUAUCGGAAUGUGAACAAAAAAUGCCCCUCAACAGUCCUUGCCAAGGACCCGACCAUUGUGCUACCGCAAACAGUGUUUGUGUCAGAAAUGUAUGCAAAUGUGACGCCUCUUACAUUGAAGACCACGGGUUUUGCUGUAAGAUACUAUAGAUAACACACAUUUUCUCAUAUGAAUAGUAGCUUAAACCUUAAAAAAUUGAAAAAUGAUAACAGUUCUCUGAACACAAUCACUAAAAAUACAAUAUUGCCUUAAAUUCCCACUGCUUGUGUCUAGGAACUUCACAUUGUGUAAUAC